UGUAGCACUUUUGAAAUGGAAGAUUCGAAGUAUGAAUUUCGUUGUCCAAUGUUUCUCGACUUUAAUUCUCCAGAAGAGGACCAGGAAGGUGAACUUUUAGCAUUUUUUGAAGCACAUUCUGAAAUGGACAAAGGAGUUGAAAAGAGACUGUUUAAUUCCAAGACUUCAACUAAAAAAGGGAAGAAAAAAAAAGUCAAACAAGAACAAGAGUCAACUUGUGAUGCAGUAAAACAUGAAGAAGAUAACCAAGAAUAUCUGACGCCACCAACCUGCCCCCACAUGAAGGAAAAUGUUUUGCCUGCAGACACCCAGAGGUGUGAAACAGUGACAGUAGAAAUUCCACAGAAUGAUUUCAGUAAUAGCAAAGAUGACAAAGAAAAUGAAAUAGUAGUUAAUCUUGAAGUUCCUCCUAAUCUAUCUGCUGUGUUAUCAAUAACAAAUAACUCUCAGAAGAAGAAAUCUAACAAGAUGCAAAGACGGAUAUUCAAUAAAAGGUUUAGUGGAAGCAGCAACUUAAAGUCUAAAUCAUCAAACCAAAAGAAACCUAAGUCAAUUCAUAAGUAUCCCCUCAGAUGGACACCAGCUCGAUUGAAAAAGUCCCUUUUGCCAGAAACUGAAACUAGCAAUACUCCAGCUAAGAAGAAAGCUCGUAUGUCAGAAACACAAGAGAGGAAACGGCAACCUCGUCCUGUAUCACCAAUGAAGGAAAAUACUGUCACUAGAGUGAAAAGGUCAUUAUCUGCAAGAACAAGGUCAACUAACUCUUCACGUUCCUCAGCUAUCCAAAAACGAGCAAGCUCAUUUAAUGCUGACUCCACAGUAGUACCUAAGGUGUCAAAGUUGGUAGCUUCUUCUACACCAAGCUGUGUUCGUCGAGCCCUGAAUAAACUACGGGGCAAGUCAAAAUUUACUCACUCAACAGAAGAAUUGGAGUUAAAAAAGAUUAAUGAAAUGAGAAAACAGUUGGCAGUUAAUCGAAAGAAAUAUGAAGAAUUCCAUAAGAAAGCCCUUCAGGUUCCAAAAAUGGUUGAUCAGAGUGCUUUUGUGGCAUCAAAAUCUCAACCCCAUUGCACUGUUGUUGAACCAUUUAAGUUUAUUACUGAUCAGAGACUCAAAAACCAAGCUUCCGGUGAUGUACAAGUGAAAGAGAGAGAUUUUGUUUCAAGUCUGAGGAGAAGAUCACCUAAUCAGCACCAAGAAAAGCAGAAAGAGAAAGUUACAAAACCCAUUCCUUUCAAGUUUAUGACAAAUCGAAAAAGAGAUCAAAAUGGGGAACCACGAGAACAAUAUUGUAGUUUAGCUCAACAGAUAAAAGCCUUUCAUUCUCAAACACCAGAAAGGUUCCACAGAAUUUGUCCUAGAAUGAAGUUCAAAUCAGAGGCUCAAACCAAACCACUCUUGCGCACUACUAUACCACAUACUCCUAAGUUACAAUGUGUCGCACGUCAUCGUCCAGUUACAGCAAUAAGCCAAGCCCAAAAGGAAGAAUUAGAAGAAGAGGAAAUGAAAAAGUAUAAAUUUAAAGCAAGACCAGUGAACUCCAAGCUAUUUACACAGCCAGUGUCAGGUGUUAGUAAGGUGGAGACCAAAAAGUCCACAAAACCUGAGGGUUUCCAGCUACAGACUGAGGCACGCUACUACUUGAGGGAAAAAAAUCGACCCCACAUUGAAGAACCAAAAUACGAGUUUCAUGCCCAGCCUCUUCCAAGAAAAAUAUUGGAAGGAACAGUGGGUCUAAAAGAAAGAGAGGAAUUUCAGCUUACCCUACCAAAAUCUCCAGCUUUUGCUCUAAAAGGAAGAUCUCAACUCUGGAAGAAAGGAGAAGAUACUACUCAUGAGGAAGGAAGUCAAUCUUUAUCAAUGUUAAGGUCUAAUCCAGUACCACAUAUUGGCAUCCCAUUCCGACCUAAGCUUCAGAAGAAGAUCACACUAGCUGAACCUUUUAGUUUUGAAACAAGAGAUAAAGAACGUUGGGCUCGAAAGGAAGAGAAAAUUAAGGAGGAGCUGGAGAAGGAAAAGAAAAUCCGAGAAUUUAAAGCCCAACCAUUUCCAUCUUCCUCUACGAGUCAUUUUCAACCCAUUACAAAGAAAGUUAUUACCAAGCCUGAACCAUUCUCACUACUGAUAGAUCAGCGAGGAGAGGAACGAGCUGCAAGAUGGCAGAAAAGGAUGGAAGAAGAGUUAAAGAGGCAAAGAGAACUAGCAAUGUUUAAAGCCAGACCUGCAGAAGUACUUCACAGGGAACCUUUUGUACCAGUAAAGGCAGAAAAAGCACCAAUUGAGUGUGAAGAAAUAAACCUACACACUGAGCAAAGAGCUGAAGAGAGAGAAAAAUUUGAAGUUUGGAAGCAUCAACGGGAGACAGAAUUGGCUGCAAAACUUCAGAAGAAAAGAGAGCAGGAGGAAAAGGAAGAGAAGAAGGCUAUAGCUCGCACACGUGCUGAAGCAGUUCACAAAGCACAGCCAGUAAGGCAGUUCAAUACAGUUAUCAUCAGGCCUAGUGAGAGAGGUUUAACUAAUCCUAAAUCACCUGUUUUUGCCACAAAAUUAAGGGCACGCAACAAUACUAGCAUUCUACACUGAAGAUAUAUUAGGUAUUUUCUAAAUUGCUCAGUCCAAACCAUUCCCUCUCAUGGGUAUCCUUCAGCAGAAGUUCUGGUGAUGUCAAAGAUUUCUUAUUGUCAUUUAAGAGUCAGAAGAUGUUGUUUAUCUGUGGUACUAUUAACAGCUUUGAUAUGUUUGCUGAUUUAUUAGAGAAAGUCACACUUACAUACUUGUUUCUUUAUGUAGUAUUUUUAGAACUGUUUAAUGAUUUGCAUCAGCAGAUCUGUUUAUUUCUCUCCUUACCAAUGGGUUUGUUUGAAUGAAAAUUGUCAGGUGAUUCUCAAAAGAAGCACCUAGUGAUAAAACAAAAGUCUACAUUAUAUUGGCAGACAUAAAGUGGCUUAGGUACCAAAUGACAAAUAUUUUUUGUACAGUUGGAUUUUUAAAGGAUAUUUUAUGUAUGAGGAAUUUGAAUGGUUUUCUAAUAUCAGAACCAAAAAUAACAAGACAUUUCACACUUCCAAAAAAAGAAAGAAAUUAGCUGAUGGUAUUUUAUAGUUCCAUGUUAAAAUAAAUGUUAUAUAAAACUUGUAUAUAUAGUUGGUACACUGGUAAUAGAUAUUAUUUCAUAAUAAUGCCUUGUUUAGACCAUGUGUAUGUGUAGACACUAAAAUGAACAGGUCAGGUUAUGAAAAGGUUCAUAUGUAAAAGGAAGAAGAUGUGACUUCUUUAUGAUAUUACACUAUGAAUAUUAUGUUUUUUGUAUUUUAAAUGAAGAGAAGCUCUACAUUAUUCUCUUGGUAAUUGUUUGCAUUUGUUGAGAAACACUGAAUUUCAGUUGAUGUCUCAAGGCUCUUGUACCCAUCAUUUAAUGUGAAUUUUGUAAAAUUUCUAAUAUUUUCUUGUCUGACUCGUAUCAUGUAUCAGUAUGUCGUUUGUUUUGCAAUAGUAUUUGCUGGAAAUUGAAUUUAUUGGAUUCCAUUUUCUGGUAGUCCAUCCUAGAAUAAAUUAAACAUCUUCAGGAGAUUGUCUUCUAGUAAUUCUAUCCACAAUUUCACUCACUACAUUAUUCAGAAGAACUGCAAAUGAA